GGCAUUCAAAAUGUUCAGCUUGGAAUUGAGACUGGUAAUCACUCUGUGGCUGGUCUGGGUGACGGCAUCCCAGAACAUCACAGAAGACGAGAAGGAUGGUCGCAUUGUCGGAGGCUGGGAGACGCACAUUACCUUCUUUCCACACCAAGUAUCCAUUCAGUUGGGCACUCGCCACGCCUGCGGCGGAACCAUUCUAUCACCUACCAUCAUCCUGACUGCUGCCCACUGUGUUCUGGAGUACUCCAAGCCGCAGUACUACGUGGUUCGUGCAGGAUCUAGUUUGUGGGCCCAAGGCGGUAGCUAUAUUCGAGUUCGUCGCAUUAUUCCGCAUCCCAAGUUCAAUGAUCCCACGCGAAUGAACAACGACAUAGCCUUGGUCCAGUUGCAGCAGCCUCUGGUCUACAGUCGCGAAAUUCAACCCUUAUCCCUGGCCACCAAGGAAGACAGGAUACAGCCGACAGCUCAACUCUUUGUUAGCGGUUGGGGCAGCCUAUCGAUUGCGCAGAUGCAGCCGGAGAAGCGACUGCGCUACACGGUGGUCCAGCAGAGGGAUCAGGAGCAGUGCGCCAGAAACUAUUUCGGAGCUGGCACAGUGACCAGCACCAUGUUCUGUGCGGGCACCCAGACUGGAGGCAGGGACAGCUGCCAAGGGGAUUCCGGUGGUCCACUGGUUACCUCCAUCGAGGGACGCAUGAAGCUCUACGGCAUCGUAUCCUGGGGCUUUGGUUGCGCCAAUGCUUUCUAUCCGGGAGUUUACACGAAAGUCUCCGAGUACGGUGACUGGGUGGCUGAGACAUUAAAAGAGCUGGAUUAGCUUAGUUUCCCCAACUAAU